AAGAGAAGGGCAGGAAGAGGAGAGAGAGUGGGGUGCUCUGAUAUUUGACUGGGUGUGAUCCGUUUGUUGUCAAACAAGUGAGGUUUGGAAAGUGGGUAUUGGACAACUAUCAUUUUAUUUACGAGUAGUGAUAGACCACUACCAAGUAUGGGCUCCUUGGGCCCAUACCAAGGGCAAAAUUGUAAUUUCCGGGAAUUUACUAAAGAAGUUACCAAGCUGUAAAAACUUUAUUCUCUCUCCAAAAAACCACUCAGUUGAAUCGGAAAACCCCUUUCCUCUUUCCUAUUACCUCUUUCCUUUUUCAUCUCUCUCUGUCCUCCUUCAUGUCAGGUAAUUUUAUGACCUAAUUUUGACCAAAAUUCGCCUCCCUCUUAAGCUUAUUGUGGAAGAAGCUUGUUGAAUUUAAUAUGUUAGGCGGUGGUCGUAGAGGAGGUGGUGGCAGAGGAGGUGCUCGAAGCGGAGGUGCUCGAAGCGGAGGUGCUCGCCGUGGCGAUUUAGGAGAGGAUGUGAUUGAUUCAUCAGUGGGUAAUGAUGCAAGUGACGGGUGUCGCAAACGUAAAGUGAGUGCGGAUGUGUUUAGGGACAAUUCUCUUAGCGAGGGUGGGAAGAUGAAAGAACUCGGCAAAGUAAUUGAAAGAUGCUCUAAGGAAUUGAAAAGGGUAUUGGGAGUCAUUAAAUAUUUUAUUUUUACUUCGAUUGUCUUAAGUUUAAAUAUAUACCUGUUAUUAGGUUUUGUUACAGGUUAACUUGUGUGCGCAGCCUGUAAAUGUGAAUUGCCGUGUUGAGAGUUUUGGUGCAACAAUAAGCAAAUUUGAUGAAGAUAAACAGAAGUUAGUGAAGGAAAUGGGUUUUGCUGGACUGUAUGCCCUUGUUGACAGGUAGCUCCCACGGAAAUUAUGUUAUUGGCUUGCGACAAGGGUGGAUGUGAACUCUAGGUCUAUUGUUACCAUUGAUGGCAAAGAGUUUGGGUUUAGCCUCAUUCAAGUUCAUUGGGUGCUUGGUAUUCCGAUGGGAAAGAAGUCGGUACCCAAGAAAGCCACCGAAGAAAUGAGUUCUAUGCUGGACCGUGUACGUAGUUGGUUUAGCAGAACUACACCCAGUUUGGUGGAAGGAAUUCCUAGGCAAAGCCUUGUUGAAGAAGUUGAAGGUCCAUUGGAGGAUCCUUCAGAUUUCAAGAUUGCCUUUUUGCUCCUUGCUAUAGUUGAUAUACUGUGUCCUACAACAAGCCAUAGGUUAUGCCCCCAGUUUUAACCUGCAGCGUUUGUAGCUGAGGAUGCAAAGUCCUAUGACUGGUGCUCCUUAGUAAUCGACCAGCUUAUGCAUGCUAUAGGAAGCUUUGCCAGGAGGUUCUACCCAAUGGGUUUUUCCAAAAGUUGUGGAGGGUGUACAAUAUUUCUUGCGAUCGAUUGAAAAGAACACCUAUUCAAUGGGGUGUCUUCCCUAGGAUGGCAGUGUGGACCACACAACAGAUAUCAAAGGCAAAGAAGGGGGAUCGGCAUGUGAAUGGUGAUUUUGGCAAACUUGGUGCUGUAAAAGCAGCGUAUGGUAGUGCCCAUGAAAUGAAUACGGAAGAUGUGAUGCCCUUGAAAAGACCAGCUGUGGUCAUGGAGGAGGUGUAUCAAUCGAUGUUCAAUGCUGAUCGAUGUUCAAUGUUGUGCAUAGUCAACAGGAGUGUGUAAAUGUAGUAGAUGAACUGAUUAACAUUAGGUGUGUAAAAAAGCGUCGGUACGGAUACUUUAAGAAAAAGGAUUUGGCAUCAGGUUCUGGUGAUGCACAUGUGCAACCCGACUUAAAUGUUCAUGACUAUGCUGUAGAUUCUCCAUUAAUGUCGGGUGAUGUAAUGGAUGAUAAUGAGCAUAGGAACUUGCAAUCUCCUACAGCAUAUGAGUUAGACUUUGACUUGGACUUGGACAGAGAUACAGAAAGUCAAAAUGACACCGAUAGUCAUAAAAGGGAGAGAGAAAGGGAAUUAUAUUUGCUAGUCGAGUUGGAGUUGGGGUUGGAGUUUCAGUUCGCUGUUGACUUGGUAAUAGAAGUUGAAAGGGAGAUGGAGUUGGGAAUGGUCUUGAUGUUGGAGUUGGCCUAUGAGUUUGAAUUGGAGAUACAAUUGUUAAAGAAGUGCGAGAGUGAUAGGAUGUAUGGAACGGAGUUGGAAUUUGAGUUGGGCAUGGAGUUUGAGAGGGAGAGGCAAGAGGUGGUGGCUUACGAGCAGCAGAGGGUGGGAGAUUUGGACCUGCUGUUAUGUAGUGUUCCAAAACCUUUACAAAGCCCUGAAAAAAUUAAACUUGAAAUUGGAUAUAGUUCAUAAGAGGAUGGCAGAGAGAGAGGGUUUAGCCCACAACGAACUCGGCGAAAAAGGAAAAAUUCAGACUCACCUUUGCUUCCUGAAGGUUAUGUGAACACUUGGCGGCCAAGGAAGUUCCGUAGAUUACGGGUUCCAUUAUAUGACUACAUAAGAUCUCAUUCCAAUGUCUCGCGCAGAUUGCAGUCACAAAGCUUUAGGGACAAUCUUGUAUUGCUAAGUGUUGAUAGGAUACAAGUGACGCUUCAUAUGUGUGCUGGAAUUGCUGCAGAAAGGGGCCAAGUCUUUGAUGCGUAUGUGAGUGCUGCAAGCAAGUUGUAUGAAAAAGUUUGGGCUGCUCGUUAUGCUGAUCGCAGCAAGCGUUUCAUGUUGGAUCCUAUGUUUGCGAUGCGCGUUUUCCAAAGAAGGGAGAUGGUAAUUAAUACACGUGUGUUUACACCACAGAUGGAUGGUGUUCAUCCAAAGAGGAUAAAUGUUGUAUUUGUCCCAGUUCUUUUUGAAGGUCACUGGUGGUGCGUGGCUUUUUCAGUGAAUCGAGAAGAAAUUUUGGUUAUUGAUUCCAUUCAGACCUCUUCCGCGUCGGAGGUCCACUCUGCCAAUGUUGAUCAUUUGGCAUAUGCAAUGGAUUUGGUUUUUCAAUCCUUGGACCCAAAAUGGGAAGUCGGUAUAGUGACCGCUUGGCGGAGAACUUCCCUACAAAUGGCUCAGCAAGGGGACCUGCACAACUGUGGUGUCCAUAUGUUAGCCGCGAUUAAGCGGAAUGCGGAGAGGCUACUUACAGAUGUGAAGCUGGACGAUGACAUUAACCUCCAGAGAUCCUGGCUGCUGUGGGAAGAUUUGAUGUCCGAGUUUAACGAAGUUCGAUCUGAUGUUGUCACACUUCUUUCACCACAGACAAAACAUGGUGCGAUCUGAGUAGUAUGGGGGGCAGUAGUGUAUGGACUAAGGCCUGUUUUUUUGGGGGGGGGGGGGCAGAACUGUAUGGACUAAGGCCUGUUUUUUGGGGGGGUAGAACUGUAUGGACUAACGCCUGUUUUUUGGUUGGGUUUGGGUCUUUUGUGACAUGGUUACCCAACUCAAGUUGUUGUUGUACAUAUUAUGACUGAAUUGGGCGUAGGAGUAUGGUUGUUUAGCUUUAUUUUAGAUGGUUUAUGGGCUUUUCUGUAUUAAAUGCCAUGGCUGGCCCAAAAUCCUCUCCAUUGUAAAGCAUAACAUAUUAACCCAAGCAUUUUAAUAUUUAACAUAUUAACCUAAGCUUUCUAAAGCUUAACUCCUAAUUAAUAUUU